AGGCCCUUCUGCAGCCAGAUGCCUCUCAUCGCUUCCGCGGUUUUUACUAAGCUGCUCAUUUCCUAUUUGCAAACUGAAAGUAAAACUUCAUCAUAAACUGUCGUUGGAGUCGCCAUUUUGUCAAGAGACACGCAUAAGAUUCUGGAAUAAUAUACAGACAUUUUUCUUAUUCCAAGACCGUCCCGGAUCGGCAGAAAAAUGGAAAAGGAGAGAGGAAAAAGAGGAGCUGAGAGUCUCCCAAGGAAGAGAGCAGGCUCACCUGCACCCAGCUGUGUUUCCAUGAAGAGUGACAAAUCGAUGGGCCUCCCACCCAAAUUCAGUAUGGAACCUUUUCCUCCAGAUCAAAGUCUCCCAAGGAAGAGAGCAGGCUCACCUGCACCCAGCUGUGUUUCCAUGAAGAGUGACAAAUCGAUGGGCCUCCCACCCAAAUUCAGUGAGGAACCCUUUCCUCCAGAUCAAAGAGACCAAGUGGAAAGAUGUAAUUCAGAUCCACAUGAAGGAGAUUUAUCAUCCGUCUUCAAGUUUCCUGAGGAAAAAGCUCAAAUGUUACUGAAUGAUGAUCCUGCUGACAGACUGGAGCAGAGGCAUCUUCUGUCACAAUGCCAGCGUAGAAUGAAAUGUGACUUGAAGAAGAAAUGUGAGUGUGUAUUUGAAGGGAAAGCUAAGGAAGGACAGCCAACACUUCUCAGUGAGAUUUACACAGAACUCUACAUAACUGAAGGUGGGACUGGAGAAGUCAAUGAUGAACAUGAAGUGAGACAGAUUGAAACAGCAUCCAAGAAACGGGUAACAGAAGAUACUACAGUCAAGUGCAAUGAUAUAUUUAAACCCUUAUGUGGGCGUGAGACACCUAUCAGAACUGUACUCACUAAAGGGGUGGCAGGUAUCGGGAAAACAGUCUCUGUGCAGAAAUUCAUUCUCGACUGGGCAGAAGGAAAAGCAAACCAGGAUGUUCACUUCAUAUUCGCUCUUCCUUUCCGGAACCUGAAUUUGAUUAAGGAUGAAUACAGUCUGAUUGAACUGCUUCACCACUUUGUCCCAGAACUGAAAUCAUUUGAACCCUCUGAGCUGUUUAUGUACAAAGUUUUGUUCAUCUUUGAUGGUCUGGAUGAGUGUCGCCUUCCUCUAGAUUUUCAGAACAAUGAGAGCUGGUUUGAUGUAACAAAGAGAAUGUCACUUGAUGUGUUGUUGACUAACCUCAUUAAGGGGAAUCUGCUCCCAUCCGCUCUCCUCUGGAUAACCUCCCGGCCAGCAGCAGCCAAUCAGAUACCUGCUAAGUGUGUCCACCAGGUGACAGAGAUACGAGGGUUCAGUGAUGCCCAGAAGGAGGAGUAUUUCAGGAGGAGAUUUAAUGAUCAGAGCCUGGCCAGCAGGAUUAUCUCACAUGUGAAAUCAUCAAGGAGCCUCUUCAUCAUGUGCCACAUACCUGUGUUCUGCUGGAUGUCAGCCACUGUCCUUGAGAGGCUUUUUAGUGAGACUGACAGUGGAGAAAUUCCAAAGACUCUCACUGAAAUGUACACACACUUCCUAAUCUUUCAGACAACUUUAAAAAAUGUCAAGUAUAUGAAAAACCAUGAAACCAAGCUUAAUGAAUACAGCAAGGAAUUCCUUCUAAAACUUGGUAAACUUGCUUUUGACAACCUGGAGAAAGGCAAUCUCAUAUUUUAUGAGCAAGAUCUGUCAGAGAAUGGCAUUGAUGUCACUGAAACUUCAGUUUACUCUGGAGUGUGCACAGAAGUCUUUAAAGAGGAGUAUGGGUUGUACCAGGAGAAGGUGUACUGCUUUGUGCAUCUGAGCAUCCAGGAGUAUCUCGCUGCUUUAUAUGUGUUUCUAUCAAACACAUCACCUGACCUGCUGGAGACUGCAGUGGAUCAGGCAUUAGAGAGCAAGAAUGGACACUUGGACCUCUAUCUCCGCUUCCUCCUGGGCCUCUCAACAGACUCCAGUCAGAAUUUGUUACAGUGGCUACUGGGACAGACAAGAAUCAACUCACGUAACGUUGAGGAAAUGCACCGAUACAUGCAUCCAUCCAGUUUCUGUACCCCCCGUUCAGCACUUUGGGAGUUCGAAGCUGAUUUCCACAGGCGUAUGAGCAGGCUGUUUCUCUCAGAAUUGGGAUCCAACCCAAAAAGGGAUGCCAACCCAUUCCUGGCUCAAUACAUCAAGCACAAAAUACAGGAGAAUUUAUCUCCAGAAAGGACCAUCAAUCUGUUCCACUGUCUGAAUGAACUGGGUGAUAAUUCCCUAGUAGAGGAAGUACAAAGGUACCUUAAUUCAGGACGUCUGUCAGCAGAAGGUCUCUCACCUGCACAGUACUCAGCUCUGGCCUUUGUGUUACUGAUGUCAGAUGAGGAGCUGGAUGUGUUUGAUAUGAAGAAAUUCGUCAGAUCAGAUAAAGAGCAUUGGAGGCUGCUGCCUGUGGUCAAGACGUCUAAGACAGCUCUGCUCAAUGGCUGUAAUCUCACAGAGAAAUGCUGUGAGGCGUUGGCUUCAGCUCUCAGAUCAAACUCCUCAGCCCUGAGAGAGCUAGACCUGAGUGACAAUGACCUGAGUGACCAUGUCCUGAGUGACAAUGACCCGAAUGUCUAUCAUCAGCAGAUUUUAAAAUUGAUGCUGAUGUUUCAUAGACAGAUAGGUAAACUGGGCAAGAAUUCAGGAGUGAAGCUGCUCUCUGCUGGACUGGGGGACUCGCACUGUAAACUGGAGAUACUGAGGUUGUCAGGCUGUAGGGUCAGAGAAGAAGGCUGUUCUUCCCUGGCUUCAGCUCUGAGGUCAAACCCCUCACACCUGCGAGAGCUGGAUCUGAGCUACAAUCACCCAGGAGACUCAGGAGUGAAGCUGCUCUCUGCUGUGCUGGAGGAUCCCAGCUGUAAACUGGAGAAGCUGAAGCUCAAUGGCUGUAAUCUCACAGAGAAAUGCUGUGAGGCGUUGGCUUCAGCUCUCAGAUCAAACUCCUCAGCCCUGAGAGAGCUAGACCUGAGUGACAAUGACCUGAGUGACCAUGUCCUGAGUGACAAUGACCUGAAUGUCUAUCAUCAGCAGAUUUUAGAAUUGAUGCUGAUGUUUCAUAGACAGAUAGGUAAACUGGGCAAGAAUUCAGGAGUGAAGCUGCUCUCUGCUGGACUGGGGGACUCGCACUGUAAACUGGAGAUACUGAGGUUGUCAGGCUGUAGGGUCAGAGAGGAAGGCUGUUCUUCCCUGGCUUCAGCUCUGAGGUCAAACCCCUCACACCUGCGAGAGCUGGAUCUGAGCUACAAUCACCCAGGAGAUUCAGGAGUGAAGCUGCUCUCUGCUGUGCUGAAGGAUCCCAGCUGUAAACUGGAGAAGCUGUGGCUGGUCAGAUGUGGAGUCACAAAGAGAGGCUGUUCUUCCCUGGCUUCAGCUCUGAGGUCAAACCCCUCACACCUGAGAGAGCUGGAUCUGAGCAAGACUCACACUGGAGACUCAGGAGUGAAGCUGCUCUCUGCUGUACUGGAGGAUCCCAGCUGUAAACUGGAGAAGCUGAAGCUGGUCAGAUGUGGAGUCACAAAGAGAGGCUGUUCUUCCCUGGCUUCAGCUCUGAGGUCAAACCCCUCACACCUGCGAGAGCUGGAUCUGAGCUACAAUCACCCAGGAGAUUCAGGAGUGAAACUGCUCUCUGCUGUGCUGAAGGAUCCCAGCUGUAAACUGGAGAAGCUGAAGCUGGUCAGAUGUGGAGUCACAAAGAGAGGCUGUUCUUCCCUGGCUUCAGCUCUGAGGUCAAACCCCUCACACCUGAGAGAGCUGGAUCUGAGCAAGACUCACACUGGAGACUCAGGAGUGAAGCUGCUCUCUGCUGUACUGGAGGAUCCCAGCUGUAAACUGGAGAAGCUGAUGCUGUCAUGGUGUGGAAUCACAGAGGAAGGCUGUUCUUCACUGGCUUCAGCUCUGAGGUCAAACCCCUCACACCUGAGAGAGCUGGAUCUGAGCCUCAAUAACCCAGGAGACUCAGGAGUGAUGCUGCUAUCUGCUGUGCUGGAGGAUCCCAGCUGUAAACUGGAGAAGCUGAAUGGCCUGAUGGAGAGAGCAGACUCUCCUGUACCCAGCUGUGUUUCCAUGAAGAGUGACCAGUCGAUGGAGCCCCCACGCAACCUCAGUGAUGGACCUUUUCCUCCAGAUCAAAGUGGCCUGAUGGAGAGAGCAGGCUCUCCUGUACCCAGCUGUGUUUCCAUGAAGAGUGACCAGUCGAUGGAGCCCCCACGCAACCUCAGUGAUGGACCUUUUCCUCCAGAUCAAAGAGACCAAGUGAAAAGAUGUAAUUCAGAUCCGCAUGAAGGAGAUUUAUCAUCCGUCUUCAAGUUUCCUGAGGAAAAAGCUCAUAUGUUUCUGAAUGAUGAUCCUGCUGACAGACUGGAGCAGAGUAAGAGCCCGCAUCUUCUGUCACAUUGUCAGCACAGAAUCAAACAUAACCUGAAGAAGAAAUGUGAGUGUGUAUUUGAAGGGAAAGCUAAGGAAGGACGGCCAACACUUCUCAGUGAGAUUUACACAGAACUCUACAUAACUGAAGGUGGGACUGGAGGAGUCAAUGAUGAACAUGAAGUGAGACAGAUUGAAACAGCAUCCAAGAAACGGGUAACAAGAGAUACUACAGUCAAGUGCAAUGAUAUAAUUAAACCUUUAUGUGGGCGUGAGACACCUAUCAGAACUGUACUCACUAAAGGUGUGGCAGGUAUCGGGAAAACAGUCUCUGUGCAGAAAUUCAUUCUCGACUGGGCAGAAGGAAAAGCAAACCAGGAUGUUCACUUCAUAUUUGCUCUUCCUUUCCGGAACCUGAAUUUGAUUAAGGAUGAAUACAGUCUGAUUGAACUGCUUCACCACUUUGUCCCAGAACUGAAAUCAUUUGAACCCUCUGAGCUGUUUAUGUACAAAGUUUUGUUCAUCUUUGAUGGUCUGGAUGAGUGUCGCCUUCCUCUAGAUUUUCAGAACAAUGAGAGCUGGUUUGAUGUAACAAAGAAAAUGUCACUGGAUGUGCUGUUGACUAACCUCAUUAAAGGGAAUCUGCUUCCAUCUGCUCUGCUCUGGAUAACCUCCCGGCCAGCAGCAGCCAGUCAGAUACCUGCUAAGUGUGUCCACCAGGUGACAGAGAUACGAGGGUUCAGUGAUGCCCAGAAGGAGGAGUAUUUCAGGAGGAGAUUUAAUGAUCAGAGCCUGGCCAGCAGGAUUAUCUCACAUGUGAAAUCAUCAAGGAGCCUCUUCAUCAUGUGCCACAUACCUGUGUUCUGCUGGAUGUCAGCCACAGUUCUUGAGAGGCUUUUUAGUGAGACUGACAGUGGAGAAAUUCCAAAGACUCUCACUGAAAUGUACACACACUUCCUGAUUUUUCAGACAACUUUAAAAAAUGACAAGUAUAUGAAAAACCAUGAAACCAAGCUUAAUGAAUACAGCAAGAAAUUCCUUCUAAAACUUGGUAAACUGGCUUUUGACAACCUUGAGAAAGGCAACCUCAUAUUUUAUGAGCAAGAUCUGACAGAGAAUGACAUUGAUGUCACUGAAGCUUCAGUUUACUCUGGAGUGUGUACAGAAGUCUUUAAAGAGGAGUAUGGGUUGUACCAGGAGAAGGUGUACUGCUUUGUGCAUCUGAGCAUCCAGGAGUAUCUCGCCGCUUUAUAUGUGUUUCUAUCAAACACAUCACCUGACCUGUUAGAGACCGUAGUGGACGAGGCAUUAGAGAGCAAGAAUGGACACUUGGACCUCUACCUCCGCUUCCUCCUGGGCCUCUCAACAGAUUCCAAUCAGAAUCUGUUACAGCGGCUACUUGGACAGACAAGAACCAGCUCACAUAACCUUGAGGAAACAGUAAAAUACAUCAAGGAGAAUGUACAAGAGAAUUUAUCUACAGAACGGACCAUCAACCUGUUCCACUGUCUGAAUGAACUGGGUGAUAAUUCCCUAGUAGAGGAAGUACAAAGAUUCCUUAAUUCAGAACGUCUGUCAGCAGAAGGUCUCUCACCUGCGCAGUAUUCAGCUCUGGCCUUUGUGUUACUGAUGUCAGAUGAGGAGCUGGAUGUGUUUGAUCUGAAGAAAUUCGUCAGGUCAGAUAAAGAGCAUUGGAGGCUGCUGCCUGUGGUCAAGACGUCUAAGACAGCUCUGCUGAACAGCUGUGAUCUCACAGGGGAAUGCUGCGAGGAGUUGGCUUCAGCUCUCAGAUCAAACUCUUCACCUCUGAGAGAGCUGGACCUGAGUGACAAUGACCUGAGUGACCAUGUCCUGCAGGAUCCAGGAGGGAAGCCACACUUUGCUAGACAGAGGGAUUUUCACCGUAAAUUGGACAAAGAUUCAGAAGAGAAGCUUCUCUCUGCUGGACUGGGGAAUUCACACUGUAAACAGGAGAUACUGAGGCUGAAUGGCUGUGAUCUCACAGAGAAAUGCUGCGAGGCGUUGGCUUCAGGUCUUAGAUCAAACUCCUCACCCUUGAGUGACAAUGACCUGAGUGUCAAUGAUCAGCAAGAUUCAGGAGUGAAGCUGCUCUCUGCUGGACUGGCAGAUUCACACUGUAAACUGGAGAUACUGAGGCUUUCAGGCUGUAGAGUCAGAGAGGAAGGCUGUUCUUUCCUGGCUUCAGCUCUGAGGUCAAACCCCUCACACCUGAGAGAGCUGGAUCUGAGCUACAAUCACCCAGGAGACUCAGGAGUGAAGCUGCUCUCUGCUGUACUGGAGGAUCCCAGCUGUAAACUGGAGAAGCUGAAACUAGACCGAUGUGAACUCACAGAGAAAUGCUGUGAGGCACUGGCUUCAGCUCUCAGAUCAAACUCCUCACCCCUGAGAGAGCUGGACCUGAGUGACAAUGACCUGCAGGAGUCAGGAGUGAAGCUGCUCUCUGCUGGACUGGGGGAUUCACACUGUAAACUGGAGAUACUGAGGCUGUCAGGCUGUAGAGUCACAGAGGAAGGCUGUUCUUCACUGGCUUCAGCUCUGAGGUCAAACCCCUCACACCUGAGAGAGCUGGAUCUGAGCUACAAUCACCCAGGAGACUCAGGAGUGAAGCUGCUCUCUGCUGUACUGGAGGAUCCCAGCUGUAAACUGGAGAAGCUGAAUGUGGACCAGAGUGGAGAGUGCAGGAUCAGACCAGGGUUCCUGAAAUACUCCUGCCACCUGACGCUGGACCCCAACACAGCACACAGAUGCCUGUCUCUGUCAGAGGGGAACAGGAAGGUGCAAUGGGUAGAAGAGGAGCCAUAUCCUGAUCAUCCAGAAAGAUUUGACCGCUGGAAACAAGUUCUGUGCAGAGAGAGUCUGACUGGCCGCUGUUACUGGGAGGCUGAGUGGUGGGGAGCUGAUCCCCGGAUAGGAGUGACUUAUAAAGGAAUCAGGAGGAAAGGAGAGAGUGAUGACUGUGGGCUUGGAUUCAAUGAGAAGUCAUGGAUUCUGUCUCGUCAUAAUUUACCAUCCAUAUACUUUGUCCAGCACAAUAAUAAACGGACUGACUUACCCAGAGAUACUCCCAUUCCCCCCAGAGUAGGAGUGUAUCUGGACUGGGAGGCUGGUACUCUGUGCUUCUACAGUGUCUUCUCUGAUGGACUGACCCUCCUGCACAGGUUCACCUCCACAUUCACUGAGCCCCUCUGUCCCGGGCUUGCGAUUGGUGCAAACCGACCUGGGUUUGAGGACCAUCAUCCAUAUGGCGUACUUUCUCUGCGCACACUGGAAUAGCUCACUGUGUGCUGGAGGAAUCAUUUUACUGUAUCACAGUGUGACAUCUUGCCGGUUCUCCAUGGUAAAUCUUUGCUUUUUUAACCUGUAUGAUCCGUUUAACUCUGAAAUGUGAUGUAAGUUAGACAAAUAUAAAUGACUGGAUUAGGCAACUGAAAAAAACACUUUGAGAGCUAUUAGAUGGCCUCCUUCAGGCCAUCAUGGUAAGCUUAGAUGUGUGGCCUCCUCUGGGCUGGCUGAGGGAGACUCGGAGGGAGCAGUGCUUUUGUUUAGCAUCAUUGUAUGUGUUGAAACUCUGUAAUAUUUCCCAUGGAGUGCAUGUAUUUUGUUACCAUGUAUCCAUGAGUGUUAUGUAAAUUGUCGGCUUCCAUGUCUGUGCUGCUGUUAGUAUUAAUCCAAUAGUAGCUGCUACUAAAGAGAGUAACUUUCAUUUUAAAA